CCGCCCCGGGCGGAGCGGGCGCGGGCGCUGAAGGGGGGGCGGCCCAUGGGGCCGGUGCGGCCGUGAGCGCUCGGUUCGGCUCGGUUCGGCCCGGGGACAGCCCCGCCGAGCCAUGGACGGACACGGCGCUCCGGGCGCGGGCGGCGAGGAGCCGCUGAGCUCCGGCAGGAUGAACGCCAAGCGCGGCGGGCGCGCCGCGGAAGAGGAGAGCCGGAACAAGCCCAAGCUGAAUAUUCAAAUAAAAACUUUGGCAGAUGAUGUGCGUGACAGAAUCACAAGCUUCAGAAAAGCAGCUGUGAAGAAAGAGAAGCCUCUCAUUCAGCAUCCUAUUGACUCUCAGCCUUCCAUUAGUGAGAUCCCACAUGCCCAGGCACUUGUUGAUGAGCGCUGCAUGAACUUAUCAGAGAAGGAAGUUAUGGAUCUCUUUGAAAAAAUGAUGGAAGACAUGAACCUGAACGAGGAACGUAAAGCUCCUUUACGAGACAAAGACUUGAGCACAAAACGUGAGAUGGUUGUCCAGUACAUUUCUGCAACUGCCAAAUCCAUAGUCGGAAGUAAAGUUCCGGGGGGACUAAAAAACAGCAAGCACGAAUGUACCCUGUCCUCACAAGAAUAUAUCCAUGAACUGCGCUCUGGAAUUUCAGAUGAAAAACUUCUUAAUUGCCUGGAGUCCUUGAGAGUGUCUCUAACCAGCAACCCAGUCAGCUGGGUUAAUAAUUUUGGACAUGAAGGUCUUGGGCUUCUGUUGGAUGCAUUGGAAAAGCUUCUGGACAAGAAACAGCAAGAAAGUAUUGAUAAGAAGAAUCAGCAUAAACUUAUCCAGUGCCUCAAAGCAUUUAUGAACAAUAAAUACGGUUUGCAAAGGAUUCUAGGAGAUGAAAGGAGCCUCUUGCUGUUGUCAAGAGCAAUUGAUCCAAAGCAACCACACAUGAUGACUGAGACAGUGAAAAUCCUUUCUGCUAUCUGCAUUAUUGGAGAGGAAAACAUCCUGGACAAGCUUUUAGGUGCUAUAACCACAGCUGCUGAGAGGCACAGCAGGGAGGAACGUUUCUCCCAGAUUGUGGAAGGGCUGGAGAACCACGAGUUCAUCCAGCUGCAGGUAGCAUGUAUGCAGCUCAUCAACGCCCUUGUUACAUCUCCUGAAGAUCUUGAUUUCAGGAUACACUUGAGAAAUGAGUUUUUACGUUGUGGCCUGAAGAAAAUAUUGCCUGCCUUGAAAGAAAAGGAAAAUGACGAGCUUGAUAUUCAGCUGAGGGUGUUUGAUGAGAACAAAGAUGAAGACCACUUUGAACUGUCACAUCGUCUCAAUGAUAUCAAAGCUGAAAUGGAUGAUGUGAGCGAAGUAUUUCAUCUGCUGUACAAUAUGGUGAAAGAUACUUCUUCUGAAAAUUACUUCUUGUCAAUUCUCCAACAUUUCCUCCUGAUCAGGAAUGAUUACUAUGUCCGACCUCAGUAUUACAAGAUCAUAGAAGAAUGUGUGUCACAGAUAGUGCUGCACUGCAGUGGCAUGGACCCAGAUUUUAAAUACAGAGGAAGGAUGGACAUCAAUUUUACACAUCUUGUUGAUGCCUGUGUGGACAAAGCUAAAGUAGAAGAGAGUGAAAAGAAAGCAGCAGAAUUUUCCAGGAAGUUUGAUGAAGAGUUCACAGCUCGACAAGAGGCACAAGCAGAGCUGCAGAAACGAGAGGAGAAAAUCAAAGAACUCGAGACAGAAGUCAAACAGCUCCGGACCCAGGGUCCAGUUCUGACAGAAGUCCCAGGAAUACCUUCAGCCCUCCCAAGUGAGAAUGUCCCACCAUCUCCAGCGCCUUCACUCCCUGGUGGAGCCAUCCCUCCUCCUCCUCCUCUCCCUGGUGCAGCCACAAUUCCUCCUCCUCCUCCGUUACCUGGUGCAGCAGCAAUUCCUCCACCACCUCCCCUUCCUGGAGGAGCAGGAAUUCCUCCACCACCUCCCCUUCCUGGAGGAGCAGGAAUUCCUCCACCACCUCUCCUUCCUGGAGGAGCAGGAAUUCCUCCACCACCUCCCCUUCCUGGAGGAGCAGCAAUCCCUCCCCCACCUCCAUUACCUGGUGCGUCCCUUCCCCCAGCGCCCCCUCCUCUGCCAGGAGGAGCCAUCCCACCGCCCCCUCCUCUGCCCGGCGUGCCCCCUCCUCCUCCUCUGCCCGGGGGAGCAGGGCCUCCUCCUCCUCCUCCUCUGCCCGGGGGAGCAGGGCCUCCUCCUCCUCCUCCUCUGCCCGGGGGAGCAAUCCCUCCCCCGCCGCCUUUCGGGGGUCCCCCCAUGCCACCCCCUCUGGGAGGGGCUCUCUUUGCUCCCUUCCCGGCGGUGCCAGCGUUGCCACACGGGAUGAAGGAGAAGAAGAAGUACAAGCUGGAGGUCUCCAUGAAGAGAAUCAACUGGUCAAAGAUUGAGCCUCAAGAAAUAGGAGAAAACAGCUUUUGGGUAAAAGCUGAAGAAGAUAAAUUUGAAGACCCAGAGCUGUUUGCAAAAUUGGCACUUACCUUUGGAACCCAAAUGAAAGCCAAAAAGCCUGUAGAAGAAUCAGAAGAAAAGAAAGCAGCUCAGUCAAAGAAGAAGAUCAAAGAAUUAAGAGUUUUGGAUGGAAAAUCUGCACAAAAUUUAUCAAUAUUUUUGGGUUCCUUCCGUUUGCCUUAUGAAGAAAUAAAAAAUAUCAUUUUAGAGGUUGAUGAGGAGAAGCUGAGUGAAUCCUUGAUUCAGAACCUGGUGAAGAAUCUUCCUGAGCAGAAAGAGCUCAAUGCCUUAGCUGAAUUAAAAGAGGAAUACAACGAUCUCGCUGAGCCAGAGCAAUUUGGAGUUGUGAUGAGCUCGGUGAAGAUGCUGCGCGCGCGCCUCAACGGGAUCCUGUUCCGGCUGAUGUUCGAGGAGCACGUCAACAACAUCAAACCCGACAUCAUGGCCGUGACCCUGGCCUGCGAGGAGCUCAAGAAGAGCGAGAGCUUCAGCAAGCUCCUGGAGCUGGUGCUGUUCCUGGGCAACUACAUGAACUCUGGCUCCAGGAACGCUCAGUCUCUGGGCUUCAACAUCAGCUUUCUGUGCAAGAUUCGAGAUACAAAAUCAUCAGAUCAGAAAACCACCCUGCUGCAUUUUCUGGCAGAAAUCUGUGAGGAGAAUUACCGGGACAUCUUAAAAUUCCCAGAUGAACUGCAGCACGUUGAGAGUGCAAGCAAAGUUUCAGCCCAGACUCUGAAGAGCAACCUUGACUCGAUGAACCAGCAGAUCCAGCGCCUGGAGAAGGACAUUGAGAACUUCCCCAAAACCCAGGACGAGCACGAUAAGUUUGUAGAGAAGAUGAGCAGCUUUGCUGAGAGUGCCCGAGAACAAUAUGAAAAACUGUCCAACAUGCACAACAACAUGACAAAAUUGUAUGAAAAUUUGGGAGAAUACUUCACCUUUGAUCCCAAGACAAUAAGCAUAGAAGAAUUCUUUGGUGAUCUGAGCAACUUCAGAACUCUGUUUUUGGAGGCAUUAAAAGAAAACAACAAAAGAAGAGAAUUGGAGGAGAAAACCAAGAGGGCCAAGCUGGCCAAGGAGAAGGCAGAGCGCGAGAGGCUGGAGAGGCAGAAGAAGAAGCAGCAGUUGAUUGAUAUGAACAAAGAGGGUGACGAGACAGGAGUGAUGGACAGCCUGCUGGAGGCCUUGCAGUCGGGAGCGGCUUUCAGGGACCGCAGGAAACGAACGCCGCGCGCGCCAGAUAACAAACGAGUAACUUUGGAAAGGUCUCGUUCUCGACACAACGGAGCAAUUGCAGCUGUAUGAUUCUUCUGAUGCCAAAGAAUUAAUGAAUUGUCUUAUUUACAAUGGAUGUGCUUUGGGAAGAGUUUGUCAUCCAAAUUGGCAAUGAUCAUAAAGGAAUACUGGGAUUGAUUAAAUGAGAUGGUGUAAGAAUAUGUAAUUUUAAAACUGUUGCUAAAAAACAUCCACAUACUGUAUCUUAUUAGCCCAACUACCAAGAUCUGUAAACAGUGUUAAACAGUAGGGUUUAUAUCUUAUUUUCUUAUGUUAUUUUUUUUUUCACCCCUUUUUGUUUAAGCUGGCAACUCACAUGAAAGGAGUUGGGGAUUUCUAGGUUAUGUUUUAUAUGGGUAAGAAAAUACACUUCUGUUGAAAGAGUAUAGCUGUGGAUUCCAUUUGCAGUUCUGAUUUGAACAUGAAAGGAAAAAUAAUAAAAUUGUAUGUUAAUAAAUUCAGAGAUGAGCUGGUCUACAUUAUCAGAAUCUUUUUUGUAACCAUAAAAAAGCAACACAUAGCCCCAGUGAGGUUGCUGAAAACCUUAUCUCAGUGUAAAGCCUGGCGGAUUCAGCUGUUUCAGCUGCCAGUAGGAUACACCACAUAUCUACACUUUUGGUGAUAUGAUGAGGUGUAGUUACUUAUCACUGCUAAAAAGAAAAAAAAUAUUAAAUAAAACAGAGCAUAGGAUUUUUUCCAAAAUUAUAUCAAGGGCAGAAUAUGUUUUUAAAUGUAUCUAAGGAGGGAUUUUUCUAAUUGUGCACUUAUAUAUUCUUUAUAAAGCUAUUUGGGGGAAAGUAUGAUUGUCCUAUUUUGAUGAUGCUAGAAUACCUGUGUAUAGGUUUUUAGAGACAAGCUACACGAUGAAGUUUUUCAGAACUGCCUCUGAGUUUUUCCUCUGUUUCUCAGGUAAAAUACGUAGCAGGGUCUCCACUGGUGGAUUUUAAUGCUGAGAGUUCAGCAGCUCCCAACACAUUUCCUACCUGGAGCACUGCCUAGCAGUGACCAAGUCUGAUUUUUGGGAGGCUCCUCCCGUUCCCCUUCGUGUCCAGGCCCUUGCACUGCAGUUCCUGGGGUGAGCAGCUGCCCCUGGUUGUCCUGGCACUCCCUUUGUCCCCUUUGUCCCCUUUGUCCCCAGGGCAGAGGCCAGCCUGGCUCAGGCCACUGCCCCACCCUGGCCACCCAAACUCCACUGCUCACCUGGAGGGUUUCAGCUGGGAUUCCAGUGGAGCUACUGCAUCAGUUGCUGAGCUAUGGUAUUUUUUAAAGAAUCAGGAUGCUCUGUAGUAGCUGGCACUUGUUCUCAGAUUAUUAAUGCUUAUCACUGAUUGAUGAAAUUAUUGUGGAUGCUUUCAUUGCCUGGGGCUCUGGGGAGCUUGGGGUUUUUUAGUGUCUGUAAGGCUGUUUGGAAGGUGAGGUGUCCGUGGCUGCUGUGCACACACUGCUUGCUCUGGAGGGACUUUGCUCCUGGGGCAGUGGAUCUUUGCACUACUGCUUGAGCUGAGCAUCUCUGUACAGUAGAUUCUUUUUGCUUCUCUGGUGAGAUCCUCUUAAAACUAUCUGAGUAGUUUGGGAGAAAUUCCCACAAUUACAAACUGUAUUAAUGUAAGAAAAGAUACAGCUUCUUUUCAAUCUAGUAUUGAAUUGUAAUUUUUUUGUAUUUUUUUUCAAAGUAUACAGGGGGUUUGCCCAUAGCUCUAAACACAGGAAUGGCACUGAAACCUAGUGAAAUGCUUGCUGUCAAGUAAACUGUCAAGUAAACUGUCCCUAAACUGUCUGGGGGCUUUAGGAACAAACUAAAAGGUUGUAUGAUACUUCAGGAAAAAUAAUAAAAAAGAAAAAAAAGAAAAAAAAAAGAAAAAAAAAAAAAAGCAUGCAACAGGAUUUUGUCUCCUGGUUUAUCAGUAAGAGCUAAAAAGAAUUCUAUCCUGUUUCUGCAAGGUCAACAUCAGCCUUGUACUGAAGCUUCUUGAAAUGGAACUAUUAAAUUUACACUUAUAAAAAUGUGCUUAAUGUACAAAGCCAGUUUAAAGGAUUAGGUUCAUAAUGUCUAUAAAAAUCAAUAGUGUCUUAGAAUUCAGAUUUUGAAAUUACCAUUUUGCUGGGAUUUACAAGUAUUGGUAUAAUCUUUAUAUGUGAAAACUCAAAAGCUCUCCACAGAAUCUUUAUACGAAUGCAGUAGUUAUUAGUGCACAAGUUUUUCAUUUCCGUGGGUUAUUUUUUUUUUUAAAGCUGUGAAAGCUGGCUACAGAUUUUCAAGAACCAAAUCUUAGGAAAAAAAGGCAAAUCCAAAAUAACAACAUCAUCUGAUGCUUCUAUUUUACUACUAUUUUUUUCAUAUUUGAAACAUUUAUAUAAUUUAAUGGACAUAUCUGUUAGAAGGAAAGUGUCUUUCAAAGGAAAACUAGUUUAGAAGAUAAUUUAUGUAAAUAUAGGGUGCUCGUAUUUAUGAAGUCUAAAAUAUUUUCUGAAAUUGAUGCUGGUCACUUUGUCUUUUGAUAGUUUUUCAGUCUAUAUUAAAUUGCAGAUAUUUUUAAUGUUUUUAUUAUUGAUCUAAUUUUCAGAGGUGUCACAUGUUUAUCUAGAAGUGUAGAAGAGUAGCACCUUUUUCAGAAAUGCACUUGCCUUAUUUUCUAAUUUUAAAAAAAUGAAAUAUAUCAGUUAAAUUAUAUUUGUAUUCAAAGUAAUCCCAGAAAGAAAAUCACUGGAGGGUUCAUACAUAAAUUUCUUGCUAAUUAUGUUUCAUUCUCUGUCCUCUGAGACAUGACGUUAACAAUAUACCAGCACAUCUGUUUGCAUUCACAUUUUACCAGUUACAAGUACUGAGAAAGGGUUUUUUUUUAAUGAUGUUACACUGUUUACAUUUCUUAGUUUAUUUAAGAGGAAGAUAAUUUUACCUUUGCGAUGAAUCGAACUCAACCUCCGAAUGUCAUGGGAAUGAAGUGUUUCAAUCAUGUACAGAUAUACAGAUCUGAAAUGUUUCAGUGGUGUACAGGUAUACAUAUCUGAAAUAUUUCAGUGGUGUACAGGUAUACAUAUCUGAAAUAUUUCAGUGGUGUACAAAUAUAUCUGAAAUGUUUCAGUGGUGUACAAAUAUAUCUGAAAUGUUUCAGUGGUGUACAAAUCUCCAGCUCCUGGUGUGCAGGGCAGAAAUGGAAAGGCACUGGUUCUGCUCCAGUUUUAUGCAGUUUGCUGGGAGAACAGCCUGCCCUGCCAUGUAUGUUUGUCUGAUUCAAAGGGAUCCUUUCCCAGCACACCUGUGAUGUUUGUGUUAAUCUGAUUUUUUGGCUAAAACCAAACCAGGAGCACUGGCAGACAGCUCCAGGGAGCGUUCCCAGGAAUAUUGUCACUUGUUCUGGUUUCAGCUGACUGUGGUCCACGUGAGCAGUGUGAUCUAAAAUGAUCUCUUCUUCUUGAGAAUUGAGAUACAAGAGCGUUCCCAUAGUUCCCUUCUGUAAUAUGCAAAUAAUCAUGGAUAUCUGUAUAUUUUUGCAUUUUUGUGUGUGGUAUAUGUACUACCUCAGACAAAUGCUGUAAAAAAAACCAUAAUAUUUUCAUGGUUUCUAUCCAAGCCACAAUUCAUUAGUAACCUACUUUAAAUUCAUCCCACAACACCCCAACUCUGAGAAUCUGGCCGAGUUUUAGGUUUGGCUCUGGAAAUCCUCCUAUAGCUUUUGUUAAGGAAACUUUGCAGCGUUCAGCUUUCACAUCCCUCGGGCAAACCCUGCUUUGAUGGGUGACUCCUGCCCUGAGAAUGAUCUAGCUGGUGAAUAUUUCAAACAGGUAAUAAUAGUUCUGUGGGAGCAAACUUCCCUGUGUGUGUAAAUUGCUUUUUUUCCAUUCAGCAAAGGCUUGGCCAAGUUCUACUUUGCUGUUUGCCUUCCAAGUGCUGCAAGGUCGGGCAGGACAAGUGCUGAGCAGUGUCCAGCCCACCUCUGAUGUGCCAUACUGUAUCUGCAAGUUUUAAACUCAUUUUUAAAUAAGUAUUGUGAGAAACCUCUCCUUCUGCGGUGUCUCCGCACACGCCCGCGCAUGCACGCGAAAUGUAAAUAAAAAAUAAUUAAUUAAAAAAAAAAAAAAAUAAAUUAAUCAAAGCAAAUGCAGCCAAACGCCUCAGCUUCAGGUGUCUGCAGGUCUCCUAGUGCUGCUUUUGUGCUGCAGGGAGGGAGUUGUGCAUCCUGCAGUCCUGCAAGCACCCACUGGUGUCACGGGCAGAGUGGGAAAGGAGAAGGAUUUGUUCUUGGAGUGCUCCUAGCACUGUUUGAGGUGAUACAUAUGCCACAGAACGUGAACAAUAACCUACUACAGCUCAGUCAAUCUGCUACCAUGCACCAUUUGAUUUCCCUUUUGGAAGUCAUAGGACUCCUGAUGCCAAAAAAAAAAAAAAAAAAAAAAAAAAAAAAAAAAAAAAAAAAAAAAAAAAAGGAUCAAAAAAAAAAGGUGACAAAACUCAUGCAUUUCUAUUUUUUAAACAGCUCUGUGUUUGUAUGUAAUGUUUAAAAUAGGAAUUUGAUGAAAUCACAGCCUGGCCAUUGUUAAUCCAUGUAUUUUGAAAACUGUAAUAAAGAUAUACAUACCAUGAUUCUGGUAGAUGCACCAAUGUUUUACUUGAUUAUCAUGAUUAUUUCUUAUUGAAUACCAUCACUCAAAGCCUGGGUUUGCUGUAUAAAAUUGUCAUGCUGAAAUUACAUUCCAUUUUAGCUUACUGUC